ACCCUGCGGUCUCUGCAUGCCUGCACGUGUUGACAUUUGUUUCCCAGGUUUGUUCUUAAUUCAGUGCGGAAAAUGGUCAAAAAGAAGGAAAAGUCGGCCAAAGGGCCAAAGAAGGCUGAGCAGGAAGGACCUACUACAUCAGCAUAUGCCGCCAAGAUCGACACACCUGCCCAGGGUGAUGCACAGACUGGGAUUUGGGGCGAUGCACGCUUCCAGCAUUUGCUGGCCGAUCCCCGCUUCAAGGGUGUGCCCAAGGUGCAGCGGAAGGUGAAGAUCGACAAGCGUUUCCAGGGCAUGUUCACGGAUGACAAGUUUAAGGUGAAGUACACAGUGGACAAGUACGGGCGGCCGGUCAACACAAGCAAUGCCGAAGAUUUGCGCAAGUUCUACGAACUGGAUGAGAACGACAGCGAUGAGGAUGAAAAGGAGACUGAGGCGAAGGCUACGAAAGAAGUAGAAGUCGAAGAGGAGGAGCAGAAAGAGCGCCGAGCAGAAGAGCUGGCCAUUGCUCGUGUGGACGGUGAAGAGGAUGAGCUUGAGAACGAUGCCCUGGACAGCGACGGCUCCGAGGUGCCAGAGAACCUGCGCGAGCGUUUGACCAACCCAAAUGUUGAUUAUGCCCGCGGCGAAGGCCGUCUGAUGACGGACUCCUCGUCGGACGACGACACAGACGAUGACGAAGGUGCGGAGGGGCCAGAGCUGCAGAUCGAUCAUGUCUGGGGCGAGCUUGACAACGAUGCCGAGACCACCGAGGAGUCCACCCGCCGCCUGGCCAUCUGCAACAUGGACUGGGACCGCAUUCGCGCUGAGGAUCUAAUGGUGCUGCUGAGCUCCUUCCUACCGCUCGGUGGGAGCAUUCUCAGCGUGAAAAUUUACCCCUCAGAGUACGGCAAGGCACGCCUGGCCGAAGAAGAGAUUCAUGGCCCCGCCGAGUUGGUGAAGCGGGACGAGGAGGAGGAUGGCGACUCUGACGAGGAGUUGGUUAAAGAACAGGACAGUGACGCCGAGGAGGGUGACGACUAUCACAUGGAGAAGCUGCGCCAGUAUCAGCUGAACCGUCUCCGCUACUACUACGCUGUGGCCGAGUGCGAUUCGGUGGCCACGGCCGACAAGGUGUACAAGGAGUGUGAUGGCAUCGAGUACGAGAGCUCAGCCACGCGCGUCGAUCUCCGAUUCAUACCCGACGACACCUCCUUCGAGGAGGAUACGCCAAAAGACGAGUGCUCCGAGCUGCCGGAUGCCAGCAACUACAAGCCCCGGCAGUUCACCACGACGGCCCUGCAGCAGGCCAAGGUGGACCUUACGUGGGACGAGACUGCGCUGGACAGACGCGAACUGGGCGACAAGCUGUCCAGCGGCCAGGUGGACAAGCUCACCGACAAGGAGCUUCGCCAGAUUGUGGCCUACAGCAGCGAGGAAGACGAAGACGACGACGAAGAGAAUGUUGAGGACGAGCAGCCCCGAUCGGAGGAGAAGCGAGAGCAGCAGCCAGAUCAGAAGCAGCCUCAGCCUCAGCCGCCCAAGAAGCUUUCGAAGCAGGAGCGCAUUGCUAGCUACAAGAACCUGCUGGCCGAGAUUCUGCAGCAAGAAAAGCAGGAAAAGGAGCACAAAUACGAGAUGGAAAUGUCCUGGAACAUUGAGCCGGCUGUCGAGGCAAAGGAGGAGCCGCAGAAGACGGGCACAGCCACCGCGGGCCAGCCAUCCGAGCUGACGCCCAUCGAGAAGGUGAUCCAGAAGCGCAGCGAGAAGAACAAGCUGCGCAAGGAGAUGCGGCGCAAGAAACAGAUCGAGGCACGUGGCGGUGAUCCCGAGGACAGCGACGACUCCUCAGUGCCCGAUGGCAUCGAUAUGAACGAUGCCUACUUCGCGGAGGAGUUCGCCAAUGGCGACUACGAGCCACCCAAGACCAAGAAGCAGGGCAAAAAGAGAAACAAGAAGCAGGAUCAGGUCGAGGAUGCUGGGGCGGAGCAGCAGCAGCAGGAGCUGGCCCUGCUGCUAGACGACGGCGAUGGCCUGGAGGAGAAGCAGCACUUCAGCCUGAAGAAGAUCCUCAAGCAGGAGGAGCUGGAUUCGGGCAGCUCCAAGCGCAAGCGGCGCAAGCAGCUGAAAAAGGCCAAGCACCAGCCCCAGGAGACGGCCAAACCGGAUGACGAUUUCACCGUGGACCUGAACGAUACGCGCUUCAAGGCGGUCUACAAGUCGCACGAGUACAACAUCGAUCCCACGCACUCCCACUACAAGGCCACCAAGGGCAUGCAGCAGAUCAUUGGCGAGAAGCUGAAGCGGCGCGAGCGGCAGGUGGACGGCGCUGGAGCAGAUGAACGCGAGUCCGCCGAUGAGUCGCAGGCCCCCAAGCGCAGCAAGCAGCAGCUGGAACAGUCGGCGCUGGUAAAGAGCCUCAAGCGGAAACUUCAGCAGCAGCAGCCGAAGCUCUAGGCCAUGUGGAUUGAUGUUUAUUUGCUUAAUGUAAAUUAUUAAGUUAGAAAAGUAAAUGCUAAACAUAAAUACGGAUACAGA